UUGAUGACGUCAAAUUCAUGCGACGGACUCGCCUUCUAAGUUAAAGGCUUGACAUGUCUACUAAACGGCGCUCGAACGACACGAAUAAAGGGAAAUGUGCUAAGAAGAAUAAAGAGGGUGAAGUCGCUGUUCUCAGCUCGGACCUGGAGGAUGAUGUGAUCCGGAACGGAAUGAAAGAAGCUUGGAGGAGAAAGACGAGUUUCUCUAGAGGCGGCGUGCAGUUGGACUGUGAGCCGUUUCCUCACUGUAGAAUCAGGAAUUUUGUUCAGAACGAGAGUUUCCUGGAGAAUCUGAGAGACGAACUCCUGCGGCUCAACUUCCACGGCAAAUCCAACGACCUGUACAAAUUCCAGCAGUCUGAUGAUCUGAAGAAGAGGAAAGAGCAUCACGUUUCUGAAAUAAGGUCACUUCUGUUCCUCCAGUUCCGCUCAUGGCUGUCUGAGGUGUUAGAAGUGGACUUGGAGCCGACCGUGGAUAUUUCCUGUGCUAAAUACGAGCACACGGACGUCUUGCUGUGUCACGAUGAUGAACUCGAAGGCCGGAGAGUCGCCUUCAUCUUGUAUUUGGUGCCUCCGUGGGACUCGAGUGACGGAGGAAUGUUAGAUUUAUACAACACAGACGAACAUUAUGAGCCGGUGAGCAUAGUGAAGUCUCUGCUGCCCUGCUGGAACACUUUGUUGUUUUUUGAAGUCUCUCCUGUUUCCUUCCAUCAGGUGUCUGAGGUUCUUACUGAUGAAAAGUGUCGCUUGUCUCUGAGCGGUUGGUUUCACGGCGCGUCCCUGCAGAGACCCCGGCGCUACACGGAACCGGCAGUUCCACGUCACACACACGUCCUCGCAGACGAGACAGUGUUAUUUGAGUGGGUGAAUGAGACGUACAUGGAUCCUCUGUAUCAGGCUCAGGUGCAGCAGGAGUUCGAGGACACUUCAGAAAUCCGCUUGCCGAACUUCCUCCAGGAGGAGAAAUAUAAUCAGGUGAUCGAGGCCUUACGAUUGGCUGAAAUCCAGUGGGAGAGGAGAGGGCCGCCCAAUAAGAGGUGUUACGCAAGAGCACAGCUGCAGAGUUUGCCCUCCUGUCUAAAAGAAUGCUGGGAUCUGCUCUCGUCUGAGGCCUUCUUCCUCCUGUUGUCCAACCUGACAGGGCUGAGCCUGCACGCUCUCGCUCCCGGGGACGAUGAGAGUGACAGCGAGGGGCAGGAGGGACAGAGCGAGGGGCAGGAGGGACAGAGCGAGGGGCAGGAGGGACAGAGCGAGGGGCAGGAGGGAUGGAGCGAAGGGCAGGAGGGACAGAGCGAGGGGCAGGAGGGACAGAGCGAGGGGCAGGAGGGACGGAGCGAAGGGCAGGAGGGACGGAGCGACACAGACAACAGCGAGGGCGAGUUUAAUGAUCCAGAUGGUCAGGGUUCCAGCGGCACUUCUUCAUCCACGGAGAAGAAAAAAAACAAAGGGCCUCCUGUGUGUGUGGGUGAGCUCCGCCGUUGGUCUCACGGUGAUUACACUCUGCUGCAUGACUCUGUAAAAAGAGAGUUUGCGCUGGACCUGCUGCUCUAUUUUGGUUGUACAGGAUGGAAGGCGGAGUAUGGAGGAUUUGCAUCGUACAUCGCGCGCGACGAAGACGAAGAGCUCCUGACCGUGUACCCUGAGGAGAACUCUCUGGCGUUGGUGUACAGAGACAAAGAAACUCUCAAAUUCAUCAAACACAUCAAUCACAACAGCGUCGUUCAGGAGGGCGAUCACGCGCUCACACACUUCUACGAUUUCUCUUUCACCUACUACGAGUAAACACAACCACACAUGUGACAAAAACUUUAAUCAAAAAGUUUUCACUCCCCCCCCUUGGUUUCAGGGUGAAUAAAUUAUAAACAGUGCCUCUGUUAUACAGUUUAUAUACAAUAAUAAACAUUCAUGUGCCAUUCGUA